GAAGAUUCAACUUAAUAAUAUUGCACUGAGAAGGCAUCUGUGAUAUUGAUACAGGAAGCUUAAAAACCAGCAACCUCAGGGGCGCCGCCACUCUGGUUUCAGUAUCUCAGCUCAUGGGUGAUAAUGAGAGUGGAGAACCGGCAGGUCUGAAGUCAGGUGCAUCUUUCUGGACGUUUGAUUUUUACCAGCAGUUUUUUGAUGUUGAAAGUAAACAAGUUGGAGAUAGAAUUUUAUGGUCAAUGGUUCCCAAGCCAGGUGUCAGUUACUUGCAGUCAUAUAUUCGACCAAAUCCUGAUCUUUAUGGCCCAUUCUGGAUUUGCACAACUCUGGCCUUUACUACAGCCAUUACUGGUAACCUUGCAAAUUAUUUGGCUGCUUCACCAGCAGAGACAUAUAUCUGGAGAUAUGAGUUUCGUAAAGUUACAUUAGCUGCUUCUGCUAUAUUUGCAUAUGCUUGGUUGAUACCAAUUGCUGUAUGGGGUCUGCUGGUGUGGCGAGGAUCACGGGCAAAGAUAUCACUUCUUGAACUGCUUUGUAUCUAUGGCUACUCUCUUGCCAUCUUCAUACCAGUAUCGGUAAGUGCCUGAAGAUAUCGUAUUUGA